GGGCACGUGAUUUCUUCUUACUCAUCCACUUUCUGCCACUCCCUGAGCUUGCGUCUCUUGCAAGCUGCAGCGUUGUAGCCACUUGACAAGAUCCAGGUCUAAAGCUCUCAUCACGUUUCGAACAUGGCAGCCGCAUAUUACGAGUUUUACCGUGGAUCUUCGAUUGGUAUGGCCCUCACAGAUUCGCUGGACGAACUCAUCACCAGUGGUGCAAUUACACCGCAGCUAGCUAUGAAGGUUCUUCAGCAGUUUGACAAGUCCCUUGCGGAUACGAUGAUUAAGCAGGUGAAGACUAAGACUACACUAAAGGGCCACCUGCAUACGUAUCGAUUAUGUGACGACGUAUGGACGUUCAUUGUCAAGAACCCGUCCUUUAAAAUGGAAUCGAAUGAAAUGGUGUCAGCGCCCAGGAUUAAAAUAAUCGCUUGCAAGAAUGGAGAUGCCGUCGAGGCCGGGAAGAAAUAGUAGUACUGGCAGAGAACAGAUGAAAGGUCCGGGAAUUGGAUUUCCUUGUAUUCUCUCUUGUCCUCUCCCUUUUCGUGUUAUCUUCUUGGAUCGGACUGGCUGUGACCAUAGAUUACAUUGUAUAGAUAUGUAUUGCUCCUUUUGUUCUUGGGGUUGUUAGCGUUACCUGAGAUUCUCUGUUGGCAUAGGGUAAUUUAUGAGGCUUAUAUGAAGAGUCCCCUCACUUUGCA